CCCACAUCUGCUUGGAGAAAGCUCCGCCCCCUUCUGACGAAAACGAACAGCUGAUCGACGUGUCAAAGGUCACAGUUGCUAGCAUCAUGGCGCUACUUAGAUUUGCUGCGCGUCAAAAUUCUCUCGUUUCGGGUAUUUUCAGACAAACCGUGAUUCCUGUGACCCAAGUUCUCGGCCAGAAGCGUUGGGAAAGACACAUGAGUGGCCAUGCGUCCAUGGUUGGUCGGAACUUCCUGACGCUGAAAGAUUUCUCGCCGUCUGAGGUUGAGCAGCUCCUGUGGACAGCAGCCGACCUGAAGGCCAGGAUCAAAGGAACAGGAGAGCUUUAUACCCCCCUUGUGGGCAAGUCUGCUGGUCUGAUAUUCCAGAAGAGAAGCACCAGAACCAGGCUGUCUACUGAGACAGGUGUGGGUCUGCUGGGUGGUCAGCCAUGUUUCCUGUCUCCCGAUGACAUCCAUCUGGGCGUUAACGAAACCAUUAAAGACUCGGCCAAGGUUUUGUCAGGUUUUGUGGACCUGAUCCUGGCCAGAGUGUAUGGACAUGAGGAUCUGGAGUCCUUGGCUGCAGAGGGAAGCGUCCCUAUUGUUAACGGUCUGUCUGAACUCUACCAUCCACUACAGAUCCUAGCAGACAUGCAAACACUACAGGACCAUUUUGGCAGCCUGAGAGGCCUGACUGUUGCCUGGGUCGGAGACGGUAACAACAUUAUCCACUCCUUCAUGAUGGGGGCUCCCAAACUUGGGGUCAACCUGAAAAUCGCCACUCCAAAGGGUUAUGAGACGUACCCAAAUGUGACAAAAGAUGCAGAGGAGCUGGCCAAACAGUACGGGACGCAGAUGUACCACACUACCGACCCGCGGGACGCGUGUGAAGGUGCUAACGUCCUGGUGACGGACACGUGGAUCAGUAUGGGGCAGGAGGAGGAGAAACAGGAGAGACUUAAGGCUUUCCAAGGAUACCAGGUCACUCACAAGUUAGGAGAGGUAGCUGCUAAGGACUGGGUGUUCCUGCACUGUCUGCCCAGAAAGCAGGAGGAGGUAGAUGAUGCUGUGUUCUACAGCGACCGGUCUCUGGUCUGGCCCGAGGCAGAGAACAGGAAGUGGACUGUGAUGGCUGUCAUCCUGUCACUACUGAAGGACCAUGUCUGCACGACCCCAAAGCCAGACUUCUGAGAGUGACAACAACGCCUCCUGUUGGAGUAGCUCAGAAUUACAGUGAAAAGCUGGAGAUGCAAACACAAUUACUGUUAUUAGUGUGAUGGAACAAGUACAACAGAAUCAAGAUAAAAAGACAAAUUUCUCAUUUAUUUUCACCUGUCUACAUACAACCCAGGCCUUCUGUCAAAAAACACACAACCAAUUAUUUUUGGGACGGUGGUGAAAAUUGAAAUCAAACUUAAAAGACUUCUGAUCCAAAUUUUUCUCCCAAGUUCCUUCCAUAUAUUUUCUUUUCUUCUUUGAUACCUGUAUUUCUCAUCAAAUGGGAACACUAUAGAUAGUGUUGACUGACAGGUUACUCUGCAUUGCAACAUACCAUUUCAUUGGUUGAUUGAUUUGUAUCAUGGGAGGUGAUUGGUCAGAUUGAUUAGUUAGUUUGCAUCAUGUCAGAUAUUGAUUUGUAUCAUGGCAUGUAAUUGGUUAAUUGUAUGCAUUGUGUUGGGCAAUAGGUUGGUUACUUAGCAUUUAGUAUAAUGGCCUUUUCUAAAUAAAAAUUUUCAGUCCAGUGCAAUUUUUUUACUUCUCAGUGAAUAUGAUGCAUGUUAUUGCAAUUUCCCCCAAUAAUAUGGAAAUUACAAAAUCUAUGCUAAAAUUGACUUCAAACUACUAGUACCAAUUUGAAAACAUGAAUGUAAACUGGCAAAGACAGUCUAAAAUUCAAUUAUCAUUUAAAUCUUCCUGAAGACAAUAGUUGUGCAGUGUUCUUUGUUUUAUGUCAAUGGUAAAACAUGGAGCAUUACAAAUCCGCAAUGUGUGCCAUCUAUAUCUAGAACUAAUAGGUAGUUUUGAAAUACAUUAAUUGUGUGGAGUAGCAAGUUGAAGUAGGGACCACUCUGUGCACUCAAA